CCUGGCCAUGUUGACCAGUCGCCCUCGCGCCUGCGAUUUAAGCCGAAACGGCCUCUACUAAAAUAAAAACUUUCAAGCAAUUUACAUCGUUCUAUUCCCAGCUUCCAACAAAAUGGCCCGCACUAAGCAGACCGCUCGCAAGUCCACCGGUGGCAAGGCGCCCCGCAAGCAGCUGGCCACCAAGGCCGCUCGUAAGACCCCCGCCACCGGCGGUGUGAAGAAGCCUCAUCGCUACCGCCCCGGUACCGUGGCGCUGCGUGAGAUUCGCAAGUACCAGAAGUCGACUGAGCUGCUGAUCCGCAAGCUGCCGUUCCAGCGCCUGGUCCGUGAGAUUGCCCAAGACUUCAAGACCGACCUGCGCUUCCAGAGCCAGGCCGUGCUGGCACUGCAGGAGGCCGCUGAGGCCUACCUGGUGGGCCUGUUUGAGGACACCAACCUGUGCGCCAUCCACGCCAAGCGUGUGACCAUCAUGCCCAAGGACAUCCAGCUGGCCCGCCGCAUUCGUGGCGAGCGCGCCUAAGCGUCCCGGCACCUGCGCUGCUAGCUGAUGUCACCCCUUCCUGGGGCGUGAUGACUGGCAGCGCACCAAAAAAACUCGGUGUUUAUCAACACCACCUUAUUCUCGUGGUCUGGGCGGGAGGGUUGAGAGUCUGCAAAGCUCAGCGAUUGACGUGCCCUUUGCGGGCAGCAGUGCCUGACCGUGAAGCACGGCAAGGUGGCAUACGAGGUGUGAGCACAAGGAGGAAAGCACUCUGGGCAGUGCAUGCGAUCGUAUGCGAUGUGGCA